AUGGCUGUCCCAUAUCGUGGAGGACUCAUUUCCGGAUUACUCCCUCGACGGAAAAUUCCCGUCGGGAAACCGGUCCGCGCCGCCGCCGCCGCCUCUGGCGGCGGAGUGCUUCUCAACUCCGGUUCAGACCAAGGCCCGAACGAAGCGGGCCCGUACGGGAGUCCGAGUCCGGCCCGUUCUCUCCCCUUCCUUUGCCGAGUCAGCUACCUCGUCCUCUUCCUCAGCCUCCUCUGCCACAUCGUCCUUACCGCCGAGCAAGAGAAGGGCGAGGACGGCUGCCGGAGGCGGAGCCGCAGCGGCGCAGAGGAGGUGCACUCACUGUGGAGUCACCAGGACGCCGCAGUGGCGGGCCGGGCCGUGCGGGCCGAAGACGCUCUGCAACGCCUGUGGGGUGAGGUACAAAUCGGGCCGGCUGCUGCCGGAGUACAGGCCCGCGUGCAGCCCGACUUUCUCGAUGGAGCUGCACUCGAACAACCACCGGAAAGUGAUGGAGAUGCGGAGGAUGAAGGAGGUGGAGACGGAAGGGACCGGCCUGCCGCCGCCGGUUCAGAGUUUCUGAAGUGGCUUUGUAAAAGGGCCAAAAAGGAAAAGGAAAAGAAAAGCAGUUUAAAGGGAGAAGGGACUAGGGAGAUUUCAAAUUUUAAUUAUAUCCGUAAUAUGUCUGUAGAUUAG